GAUCAAUAAGAAGCAGUAUCAACAGCAAGUAUAAUCAUAUCUGCUUUCUUUAUGACCCAACAUUGCCUGUACUAAUGCUUUCGUGGGGACGUUUCUGUGCGUUCAUUUGAAGUUGUUGUGGUAAAAAGGCCGAAGGGUUUUGAGACUGAGAUGGUAGGCAAGUAGAUAGAAUAGUUGUUGGAGGGACAGGAUUGGAGAGAACUGGAGGGAGUGCGAUCAAAGGUUGGAAAUUUGGAAGAUUGGUUGUAGUUGUAGCCGCCGCUUGUCGUUGCGCUGCAUUAAAGUUCGCCCGAAGGUUUUGGGUGAGAAGAUUUGUUUGAGCUAUACUGGGUUGCAGAGCAACUUGUGGAUUGUCCACCACACCUCGCGUCGUCACGUUGUYAGUGGAUUCGCUUCCAUCACCAACCCCCCCUACGUAUGAUGUAAAAAUGAGAUAAUGGGUUAUUCUUGAGUCUGUACUCAGAGGAUAUGCCGUAAAGAAGUUCUUGAAUCUUUCAUGAGACUUUUUGUAAUGAAGUAUCAUUGCUGAAGUAGGUCUCUUGAAUCUGAUUUCGUCCAUGAAAACUUCAACUGCGUUUGUAUCAGUUUGCUCCCCUUCCAGAACACGGCAAGAGGUUUUCCCAACAACCUCCUCGGCCGUGUAUCCAGACAUAUCUUCCCACAACUUGUUCACUUGUACAAUUGUGUAAGGUUCAUCUGCGAGAAUCAUUACCAUAGGCGAAUCGAAACUUCGCUGGCAUGUCUGUACUGUAUUCGGAAUCACAGAGAAAGUAUGAGAUCCUGCGGCUUGUUUCAACUGCAGCAUGAGCGCCAUGACAUCGAACAUCAGCUCGAGACCGACGAUCUUGUGAGCACUGUUGAACUUGCAACAAAGCAUACCCUGCUUUGAAACUUCCAUUCUGGCACCGCAUUGCACCGCAUUCAGAGUCUGCAUUACCCAACGAGCCAUCAUUUGAUUUCCUGCAACAACGGCCUCUUCUGUAACAAGCGUGUAUCGAAAUUGAAUGGCAGCAGUUGGGAAUCUUGCUCGAUCAACGAGGGUAUUGAGUAAUACAUGCAAGGAUGCCGUAUCUGACAUCAUCCCAUCGAUACCGAGAAUUGUUCUUUGACAUUUCGAGACUUGAACUUCACUUGCGGGGAAAGAGCGGUAAGGUGUUACAGGUAGAAUGCAUGCAAAGCAACUCUCGUCUAAUAUACUCGCCCAAAGCUGUCUUCGUUUCUCGUUUGCAGACCUCAAUGCGAAAAAGGACAUCAAAACCUCCGUUCUAGUAUUAUUCAUCUCCACGAGUAUAGAUGCUGCUCCUGCGCGUUCUGUGACUAACGUAUCACGCUCUUGGCAUAGAUCGUUCACCGUUGACUUCAGAGUUUCGAGAUAUGCUUUCUUCCUCAAGCGCGUAUUUCGGGCAUGCUCUCGGUUUCUGUCUCGAUUAGCUUUUGCUCGUUCCUCGGGAGUCAUGUUAGAGGU